AUGUACACCCAUCUGCUUGCGUCCGCAGUGACGCUCUGUCUGGCGCGAUCCGCUCUCAGUGCCUCCAUCACCGAUGACCAGUCUCCAAAAAUCAACCCGUCAAAAUGGAAUGCGGCUAUCUCAGCUCCAAACGCAACGGGAGCUUAUCCGAUCCGGGGUUUCAACAUUUCUGGUCCAUAUUCUGAAGAAGAGCUACCGGGCUGGACGAUGGUUGUCAGGGUGGCCGUAGAUCGCGAAACCGGCGCAGCGGAGGACGAUGAAGACCACCGCACGUACUUCGCGGGGACCAGCAUCUCUAUCAAAGCACCUGACACCCUGCUUGAGACGGAUGGAAGCGUGGCCACGGUGGAAGUAUCCCAAGAUCCGGAGUGGAAUGUCCAAGUAUUCCCCACAGUCACGUUAUCGGGCGACAUCUUGGACGAUGCGCAGAACGACGACGGAUCCUGCUUGAGUUUCCUGUCGGAGCAGUGCGUCAAGGACUGGCAAGACGCCUAUGUCUCCUCAGACGUCGGCUGGGCCAGUCCCCCUUCAAGUUGCAAUAAGACGCUCCAGGGCACCGGUCCAUUGAGGAACAACAACAACAACACUGUUCCUCUUUCCAUGUUCAAUGGCACCAAGUUGAUCAGCUACUCUACUACAUACAGUGACCUAGGUCAUGGACCACUCCAACUCCAAAAUGCUGUACGCCAGAUCGUGCCAGUCAUGAUGGUCUAUCGACAGUCCGGCCAGAACGGAACCGCAUCAGAGGCGGCGAGGCUCUCGUGCGUCAGGGCGAGGGAUCUCGCAGGAGGCAGCAAGUUAGCAACAGGUGUCGCUAAUACGUCUACUGCUUUAUCACGAUGGGCGCUUGCACCAUUCAUCCUGGCAGCUUUGUUGUUAUUGUAG